CCAAUCCCCGCCCGGACUAAUCGGGUACCCCUCGCCGUAAUCCCCGCCGAGCCGCCGCCCGAGAUCUCCUCCGCCCUGCUGCCAUGGCGGCGCCCUUCGUCGCCUCCCUCCUCGCCGCCUCCCUGGUGCCGUAGGGAAGAAGCGGCGGUGGCGGUUGCUUCAUUUACUCUUGGCGCCGAUCCAUUGGCCUACUCCAAAUGUCAUCAUCAUCUCUGGGUCGAGGGUGGGUGUGCAGGUCUGCUCAGCGUGCGGGUGCAUCUGCUUGCGCGACCUGCAGAGGAGCUUCACCACCGUCCGGUACCUUGGACACGGCGGCCAGUACUCCACCGCCGCUUUCCUGCAUGCGUUGUGUAGGCCGGCGGCGCUGUGACGGGACUGCUGGCCACAAACGACGGACAGGUUGAAGCGUGGAGGAAGAAGAUGAGAGGAAGAAGAAGGACUCAGGAAGAGCACACGAAAUGGAGCUGCUUAAAACUCUGAGCUGCAGCUGCUCUCCUCUUUAUAGACACACCAGUCAAGAUGAGAAUUUACAAGUCAUUUGCCGCCCAAGUCAAGGACCAGGCAUGGCACUACAGGAGCAGGAGCUCCCUCUAUUGUACAAACAUUGAUGACAAGCAAGAGCAAGGGUGGAGGAAGAAGAUGAGAGGAAGAAGAAGGACUCAGUAAGAGCACACGAAAUGGAGCUGCUUAAAACUCUGAGCUGCAGCUGCUCUCCUCCUUAUAGACACACCGGUCAAGAUGAGAAUUUACAAGGUAAGGCGCUAUAGUGUUCUGCAGUCCCUACCACUACUAGCUACUGCAGCCAUGCUGCCAACUGCACCUACUACUAUUUGCUACAGCCAUCUGCCGCCCAAGUCAAGGAUCAGGCAUGGCACUACAGGAGCAGGAGCUCCCUCUACUGUACAAGCAUUGAUGACAAGUAAGAGCAAGGGUUAAGGUCGGACAUGAUGGGGUGGCUCUUAUUUCAUAAAACAAACGGAAGGUAGCAGCACCAUUGGACCUUUUCAUGACGUGGGAAUUUGUAUUGUAAUAACAGAAAGUUGACAUGGAUUUAGUCACUGCAUCCUAAAGACACUUCCAACAUAUGGUUGAUAAUCACAACGCCCCGUCGCGCGCGUCCUCCUCUUCCUUCCCUGCCCACCCACGGCCCACCGUCAUGCGUGUCCUCCUCUGCCCGGUCGCCGGCAUGUGCGUCGUCCUCCUCCACCCGCCUUCGUGCGUCGUCCUCCUCUUCGGAUCCAAGGUCUUCAGCACCUCCGGCGGUAGAAGCAGGGGUGGAGGGGGCAAGGGGGACGGCGGCGCCAAGCCAUCUCCCCCUCGCUUCCGCCGUCACCCUCCCCCCGCUACCUUCUCCUUCACCGGGGUGCCCCUCUCCGCGCGCCACCUCUUCAGAGCUCACGCCGGAGCAGAAGGCCGAGCUUGUGAUGUCGCUGAAGAACAAGCUGGAGGGGUUGGUCGCGCAGCACAUGGAUGUGCUCGAGAGUCUCACCCCCAAGGUCCUGAAGCGCGUCAACUUGCUCAGAGAUAUUCAGGGAUUGCUUCCUAAGAGCCUAUUACAAUCCAUGUAUGUCUCUUUCCUGGCUGGCUGCUUCCGAAGAAGCACAUGGAUUUUCUCAGCACCAGUUCGAGUAGGAGAAGAGGAUGGUGCGGCACAGCAGCGCGCAGCGGAUAGAGGCUGCGCUGCGAACCAGCAAUGGGGCAUGGCAGCGGCGGCAACACCACAGUCUAUCAUCCAGCGUUCAUCUCCUUCAGAUGCCUUCUCUCCAGGAUUGCUUGAGCCUAACCUGCAAGUGUUGAAACUUGAUGGGAAUCCGCUUAUAAGGAACGUCAAGGGGUUGGAGCAGGUCGGCGGGAUGGAGGGCCUCCAUUUUGUUGCGCUGGCAUGUCGCAUAGGAACGCACGAAGUCGUACACCACGGUCCUGUCAUUGUCGAUGAUGAAGUCCAACCAGAGGCGUUGCAUCGUUUUCUGGAUCCCAAUUUGUGCAUUGUUUAGAAAAAAAAUGUCUAGGUACCUAAUUGGAGUAAAAAGGGUUACAUAUUUGGUGCACAUAAUUUGUUAAAUUCUAUUCCACAUUACUAAUAUAUUCCCUGUUUUGUUUGGACCUAAUCAAACGAAAGGUCUCUCAA